AUGGAGUGUGGAUACAGCUUUUGCCGACCCUGCAUCUACCUGAGCUGGGAAAAAGGCUCAUCGUCACUCUGCUGCCCAGAGUGUAGGCACAAGUCAGAGAAGACAAACUUUAGCACCAACAUAAGACUUCAGAAACUGGCCACUGCUGCCAGGCUAAAUAGAAUGAGGCAGGUCCCCAGCUCACAUGGGCAGGUCUGUGGUGCACACAGCGACACCACAGGACUACUGGGUGACUUGGACAAGAACCUGUGCUGUGAUUCUGUCUCUGAAUCUUCAGAAGCCAACGGACAUGGCCACAGCCAGCUGCAGUUUGCUGCUGAGGAAUCCAGGGGAAUAGUUCUAAAGGAAAUGAAUGCUCUAUGGGAAUUUAUGCAAGAACUGAAAAUCCAUGUGCCUGAGGAAGUAAGGAAGAAGCAUUCAUUUAUGGAGUAUGUGCCCCUGAGGGAGGAGAUGACCAAGGCACAGUAUCAGAAGAUGCAUAUGCUUCUUCAUGAGGAAGAAGAGCUGCACCUGCAGAGACUGCACAGCGAAGCACGGGAUCUUUUGCAGCAGCUCCAGGAUCGUGAAUCAAGAAUGACCCAACACAUAGAUUGCGUGAAAGAAAAAUACAAAGAGCUGGUUGAGAUAGCAGAACUCAUGCGGAGAUACAGUCCCCAGCCAGUGGACCCUGUGCUGACUUUUUGGAGCAUCAGUGGACUUCGACAGAUGCUGAAUAACUUCAGAGUGCCUAAUGGUUUGAAAAAGAAAGUGGCGAGUCGCUACCUACUCCUUUCUGAGGAUCUCAGAUAUCAAAUAUUUGGAGAACACCAUGAUGCUCCCAGUCAAGUCCCGAGAGCACAGAGUUUUGUUGUGUGGGGUGCACCGACCUUCCGCUCUGGCAAGCAUUACUUCGAAGUGGAUGUAUCGCACUCCUCCACCUGGAUUCUAGGACUCUGUAGUGAUUCCAGCAUAGACGACCCCGAUACCAUUAUUAACACAGAGGGUGCAUUUUUCCUGUAUUCCACGAAGCCGGGACAAAUUGGUGGCCCAUACGGGGACCCUGAUAUGGUGGAGCUACUGAGGAACCUCGCGGUGAAGACUUCGGCCGAAGCGUUUGGGGCGCGAGGCUAA